AAAAUGGCAGCUCACUGGAAUAUCAUGUCCCCAUGCAAUAUCAGGCAUGCUUUCAAGGGAUAUUGGCAUAUAUGAGUACAUCGACCCAUGGUAUAGCAAGGAGACAUACCUGAAAUGUUACUCUCCAGUGAUCCACCCGAUGUCAAGGCCUAAACUGUGGCCAGAAUUGGGAAAACAUCCUCUCAAUCAACCUCAGAAGAGAAAACAGGCUAGCGGACCCAAAAAAUUGAGGAAGAUGUCACAGGCAGAGCCACCUUCAGGCGUUAAGAUGGAAAGGACUGGCAUAAAGAUGACGUGUAAACGCUGUGGAGGGUCUGGACAUAACAAAAGAAGCUAUAAGGAGGCACUGCCUAGUGAAGAUAGCUCACAGUAA